AUGAACGCGAUCAAGAAACGCCUGCAAACCCUGAAGAUCGAGAAAGAUCUGGCGAUGGACAGGGCCGAUAUGUGCGAUCAACAGGCGAAAGAGGCGAAUCGACGAGAGGAGAAGCUCAGGGAUGAGGUCCGGGAACUGGCCAAGAAGCUGGUGCAGAUGGAACGCGAUUUGGAACUGAGCAAGGCUCAAUUGGAGAAGUCGAAUAGGGAUCUUGAACAGAAAGAGAGAGUGUAUAUCGUGACACAGUCGGAGUUGGCAGUUUUGAACAGAAAGAUGCAGCAGUGCCUGCAGAACCUAGAAAAGUCUGAAGAACGUCGUCUGACGGCGCAAACAAAGCUCGCGCAGGCAAUGGAAACGGCGGAGGAUGCAAAACGUAUCUGCAAAGUUUUGGAAAACAGGAGCAAACAAGACGAGGAGAGAAUGGAUCAACUAAUGGCUCAGCUGAAAGAAGCGAGACUUAUCGCCGAAGAUGCUGAUACAAAGUCGGACGAGAUUUCUCGAAAAUUAGCCUUUGUAGAGGAUGAAUUAGAGGCUGCUGAGGAGAGGGUGAAAUCUAGCGAAGCGAAGAUCACGGAACGGGAGGAUGAACUGUUCAUUGUGGGCAAUAUAUUGAAAUCUUUGGAAGUGUCGGAAGAAAAGGCCAAUCAAAGGGUGGAAGAAUUUAAAGCUCAACUAAAAGACUUGAAGGUGAAAUUAAAAACUGCAGAGAAGCGAGCUAUCAUCGCAGAAAAGAUGGUUAAAGUAUUCUCCAAGGAACUGGACGCGAGAGAAGAUUUCCUGUUCAGGGAAAAAGAAAAAUACAAAUACAUCUGCGACGACAUGGACUCCACCUUCGCCGAAUUGACUGGAUAUUAG